UGCAGUACCGCCUCCAUGCAGCAGGAGUCGCCGCAGCGCUCGGCGUCACAGUGUGACAUUAUGAUGAUGUUCAGCGCGGUGCGGGCGGAAGCGGGUGGGAUGAUGGCGGCGGUGCAGCGGGUCGGUAGUAAAUGGCUCUUCACCCGAGAACAGUUCGAAAACACGCCAUCCCGCCGCUGCGGAGUCGAGCCCGACCGGGAGCUCUCGUACCGACAGCAAGCCGCCAACCUCGUCCAGGACAUGGGACAGAGAUUAAACGUGUCCCAGCUUACAAUCAACACGGCGAUCGUCUAUAUGCACAGAUUUUACAUGCUUAAUUCCUUUACAAAAUUCCAUAGAAAUGUUAUCUCUCCCACUACACUGUUUUUGGCUGCUAAAGUGGAGGAGCAGCCGAGGAAACUUGAACAUGUCAUUAAAGUAGUGCACGCGUGUCUGAACCCUAAUGACCCUCCACUGGAUACUAAGAGCAAUGCGUACCUCCAGCAAGCCCAAGAGUUGGUGCUGUUGGAGACCAUAGUCCUGCAGACGCUCGGAUUUGAAAUAACGAUAGAGCAUCCACACACAGAUGUGGUGAGAUGUUCCCAGCUAGUGCGAGCGAGCAAGGACUUGGCCCAGACAUCCUAUUUCAUGGCUACCAACAGUCUUCACCUGACCACCUUCUGCCUGCAACACAAACCCACAGUGGUGGCCUGUGUCUGCAUUCACCUGGCGUGCAAAUGGUCCAACUGGGAGAUUCCGGUCUCUUCAGAUGAAAAACAUUGGUGGGAAUAUGUGGACCGGACCGUGACUCUACAGCUGCUUGAUGACCUGACAAACGAGUUUCUUCAGAUCCUGGAAAAGACGCCAAGCAAACUUAAAAGGAUUCGUAACUGGCGGGCCAAUCAAGCUGCCAAGAAGCCAAAACUUGACAACCAAUCAAUGGACGGUUCCUUUCAGGUGCCUUCUCUGAACCAGGAUAGCUCAUUGAUGGCGAGUUUGUGCGACCUCGGAGCUGGUGUGUAUUCUGAACCGUCCACCUCCUUCCCAUUGGACACGGGAUUGAUGACUCUCAACGGCCUGUCGACCCUGCAGAGUUCCUCUUUUAGCUUUCCCGCACCGAUCGCCCAGAGCACUGACGCUUACUUGGCGCUCCAGGGGGCGCCGGUGAGCAAACACGGACAUGGCGCGGCACCCCUCGGCCCGCAGAAACUCACUCUAGAGAAAUACAGAGAAAAGCACGCGGCGGAAUUGGAACAGAAACGGCGACAUGAAGACGAGGGCGAACCGCAUCGGAAACACGGCCAUUUGUCGUCCGAUGCCUCGUCGUCCAGGGUUAAGUAUUCUCAAGUACAAGAGCGACCGUCGAAGAGCGGGUCACUCAAGCGGCGUCACCCUGACUCGGCAGAAAACGGUUUGGCCAGUCAGGAGGAGCUGAAGAUGAAGAUCAAGGUUUCGUCCGAAAGCAGCAAGGGUCGACACAGUCCGCGCUCCGGCCGCGAGAAACAUCGCGAGCAUUCCUUGCACAAAUCGCGAAGCGACUCGUCACACGGUAGCCACCACCACCAUCACCACCACCACCAUUCAUCCAAAACUCACAGAUCUUCCAAGAGCCACUCCUCUUCUGCGCCUGUCAAUCAAGCGCUAGGCCACGCCCACUUGACGAAGAUUGACAGGAGGCCAGGUGAGGGGCAGAGUUCCGAGGGCAAUGCUGCUUUAAUUAAUAACGGUCCACACAUGGAUUACGAAGACACUUUUAAUAUGCUCGAUUCCCUAUUAAAUGCACACAACUUCUAAUCAUGCGAAGAAAUCAAACGUGUUACCUAAAACCUCAAACGUGCGAUUUUUCUUAGCUCAUUUUAUGCAAGAAUCACUUGUCUGUUGUGUCAUAGUCCCUUUUUGAGUUGAUCAUGUUUAUAGGUGAAUUUAAAAACGAAAAAAACAAAGUGAAGGUUGUGUUAAGUACAAUAGAGUGUAUUUACGAUUUUAUUGCUUUUAAUCAGAUGUAGAGCUGAUUGUGAAACGCCUCCAGCGAUUCGAAUCUGUUUUAGACGGUAAGUCGCAAUGUGAAGUGAAAAUGUACAUGUUCGUUUUUUAUGCUUGAUUCGCUUUUUUUCCGUUAAUCAAAGGGAUGAAAAAAGAAACGUGUGACUGUUUACAAAAGGAAAGUGCGGAUAUCUGUUCACUAUUAUUUGUAUCGCUAUAUCUAUGUCUGAAUAUAUUUCAUGAAUGCUCAGGUUUGGAGGUCCUUAGAAGUGAAGAAAAAAAAACGUUAGUCAAAUAACGCAAAAACUUUAAAGAUUAUUGCAGAAAUGUCAUGUUUAUCGUAACACGAAUUGCCUGUACACGGAUUCCACUACGCCACUCUAAUUGUAUAUUUAACAUACUGAAGUGAUAUAUUUUAUGUUGUUAUCAUCAUAUAGAAAGCUGAACUGAUGACCUCAACGUGCGCAGGGUCAUUUUGCGUAGUAUCUGUUUUGUCUUUUUAAAUUUUUAUUGUCGCUUUAUUGACCCUUUAAAGUAGUGGUUUUGUGGAAUCUGUUUCCGACAAGAAUGCAUUGUGAAUUUUUGUUCAUUGUGUACCAGAUUUGAACGGUCCCAGUCUCCUCAGCUGAUCUGAUCUGUUCAUCGUGGUGUACGUCGAGCCUUAACUGUACGAUUGAGAUUUUAGCGGGUUGUGUAUCUGUUCUGUGUCCUCUGAUCUGCAAUGGGGAAAUCGGUCCCUGCUGUAUCAGUAUUUGACUUGUUUAUUAUUUUUGUUCCCGUCUCCUUUAUUGACUGGAAUGAAUUAACAGCCAAUUUCUUGUUCCUUAAGAGUUCGGGGACCAUUUUAAGGGUUUGGGUCGAGCUAGAGAGGAGGAUGAAUUCUGGCAGAACACUUUAGAUGUGGGCUAGACUCCGUGAACUUUUGGUCUCCCACUUGAAAUGUUUUGUUGUGCUGUUAUAACCUCCAGAUACCAAAGGUCGUGCCUAAGUGUUUGCGUUCUCACCCUUGGAGCUGUAUGAAAUUGGCCAUUCUUUCUGUUUUUAAGAUUUUAUUUGGAAUGCCACAGUUCUUUAUAGUAUUAGAUCCGAGUCUGUAUGGAUGAGAUGUUGGAUUGUCUAAUAAACAUCCAAGAAAAUUGCUUAUCUAAAUGGUUUGUUUGAAUUUCA